AUGUUUGUCUGUGGCGUCAAUCUCGAUGCGUACAAAGUUCAAACCAGAGUAUACCGUCAUUUCGAGCGCCUCGAGCACUAUCAAUUGCCAUGCCCCCAUCGCCAAGGUCGUCAUGACAAAUUUGGCAUCGAACAGAUGCUUUCACGUCCAGUAUUCGUGCGGUGGACAUCACUGACAUCAAAUCCGUCGCCAACAUCAUUCCAACCUACACUGAAGCAGCGGAGGUUUGGUCUUGAAUUUCGUAUUCCGGUCGUCAAUGCGUCCUGCAUCGACCUUGUUGUGAAGCUCAAGAGUACCACAACUUACAAGGCCAUCACAACUGCCAUGAAGGAAGCCGAAGAGGGUCCGCUCAAGGGUAUCUUGUCUAUCCCUGAUAACGUUCUGGCGUCUACAAACUUGCUUGAGCGUACCGAGUCGGCCAUUUUCCAUCUUGGGUUUCAGUUCGCGGUCUCUGAUCGUUCCUUCAAGUUGGUCGCAUACUAUGCCAAUGAGUGGGCAUACUUGAAACGCGUAUGA